AUGGUUGAUAUUCUCGUUGUUAAAAAGUUAUUCUUACCUUUAUUUACGGAGGCGUGUAAUCGCCCCAUUCAUUACGCCUGUUCAGAAGACGAUAAUGAUGGUGAUUUUUCAGCUGAUGAUUUAUCAGACGAAUAUCUACCCCCUCAGCCUCAAAGCUCAAGAGUACAGUAUACUGACUCUGAUUGUGCUGCGGUUCAAGUCCUUGAAGAUAUUAAUAUUGUUGGGUCGAAAUUAUCAAUAAGAUCAAUCAAUAAAAGCCCAGCCAUGACUGAAACGUUUCACCAAGACCCGGCUCUACCCGACUUCCUCACCUAUGAGAUCAUGUCGUGCAGCCUGGAAAAGCGGGAACAAGAGAUACUAUUAAAUCCAUGUUCGAUCGGCUCCUCGCAUCAACAUGUGUAUCUGCCUAUGCCUAGUAGUUCCAGUAUCUUGGAAACUCCAGUGAUGACUGAAACUUUGCACCAGGAGCCUGCUUUAUGUGGUAUACUCACCAACGACGAUCCGUCGUGCAGUCCGGAAAGGCGUGAACCAGAGAUGCCACUAGAACCAUGUUUGAUCGGCUCCUCGCAUCAAAAUGUGUGUUUACCUAGCAGUUCUAGUCUCUUAAAAGCUCCAGUUAUGACUGAAACUUUGCACCAGGAGCAAGAUUUAGUUGGUAUACUUACCAAUGACGAUCCGUCGUGCAGCGCGGAUAGGCACGAACCGUAG